CUCUCUCUCUCUCCAUUCCUUAGGAUGGGUUUAGGAAUUGGGCAGCAGCUUCCCAUAGCCCCCAUAAAGAAGCUUCUCUAAUAGCAAUAAUAACAUCCAUGCUAGAGAGAGAGAGAGAGAGAGAGGAAAAGAAAAAAAAAAGAAAAAGCUUAGGCCAAAAGUGCUUAAUUUGUGAAAAAGCUUAAGCCCAAAGUGCUUAAUUUGUUCCCUUGCUUUUGUCAUCUCACCUUUCCUGUUUCCUAGUUUUCCGUGUGCACGGGAAAUAACUACCUUUGGGAUCAGCUUUCUAGAAAGAUAGGAAAGAAAAGUAGAUCACAUAUUUGUAGUAAAACUUAAAAAAAAAAGCUUUUUUUUUUUUUUUUCGUCUUUUAUGGCCGUUGGGGGGUCCUCGGUCCCCGUGUCUUCGCCGCCGCUGCUGUCGUCGUCGUCGUCGCAAAUGGGGAGGAGCUUCACGCGAACGGCGAGCGCGCGGUCGACAGCGGCGGCGGGCGGAGGGGGCGGGCAAGGCAGUGAGCUGACGCCGAUAGAGGAGGAGUUGUCAGCAGAGAAACAGACAGAUUUAAUAGCAGAAACAGCAGCAGCAGCAGUGCAGGAAAAAAUGCACGUCGCGGUGGGGAAGGAGGUGAAGGAGACGAAGGCGAAUCUCGCGUGGGUGUUGAGAAACACUCCGCGGGAUAAAACGAUCGUCGUCGUUCACGUUCAUUGCCCUGCUACAAUGAUUCCGAUGAUGGGAGCCAUGUUUAGUGUGGACAAGCUAAGAGAGCAGGAGGUGACUGCACAUAGACACCUUGAGAGGCUGAAGAUGAGCAAAGUCAUAAGAGAGUACUUGGAGAUUUGUGCCUCUUCUAAGUUUCGCGCUGAAACUCUGGUAAUUGAGGCAGAUGAUAUCGCGAAAGGCCUCGUAGAUCUCGUUGCUCGACAUCGGAUCACCUCGCUCGUCAUGGGGGCGGCGGCCGACAAGCACUAUUCAAGGAAAAUGGCAGUGCCAAAAUCAAGGACAGCCCUCACAGUGCAGGCAAAAGCAGACCCAUCAUGCAGUAUCACCUUCCUUUGCAAAGGGAACCUAAUAUGUACCAGAGAAGCUGGUGCACAACUACAAGGAUCUAUGAUGUCAGCAAGUUCAUCUGAAACAAAUCCUAGUUCUGUCACCAACCAAGCAGACUACAACAGGUCAAGAUCCUUACCUGAAAGGCAGAGUGAGCCACUUCACAUGCAGGGCGCGUUGCAGCAGCGGUCGAGAUCGGCCAAUUUUGUCUCAACAGGAGGCGUGGCUGUUGCUGUAUCACCCCCACUGCCCGAGGGGAACUUCCCAGUCCUGCAAGAAGGUACGUCGACGAGCCAAUCUCCGCGCUCGAGCCACCAACAUAGUUCGGAGAGCGACAUAACGGCUUUUUCUUCGCUGCCUUCGUCUCCUCGCGAUGAAUCUGAGGAUACUUGGGUUGAGAAUGAUGUAUAUGAGCAACUGAAGAAUGCCCUCAUAGAGGCGGAGGACUUAAAGCGCGAAGCAUAUGAAGAGUCCUGCCGGCGCAAGAAGGCCGAGAGAGAUUUGGUUGGGGUUGCUCAAAGAGUAAGGCUUUCUAUAUCGGCUAAAGCAGCCGAGAGUUUACACAUCAAAGAGAUGAGACUGAAGAGAGAUACAGAAGAAGAACUGGCAAGAAAAAACGCGGAACUUGAAGAUCUCAGAAAAGUGCAUGAACAAAUUCUCGUCGAAUUGAAGAAUGCAAAUGAGCAAAAAAUGAAACUAGCUAUCCGUGUCGCAAACUGUGAGCGCGUGAUUAAGGAAUUCGAAGCCAAAGCAUCGGAAGCCCACUCGAUCCAAGAAAAGCUCCGACAGGAUGUCGGAAAGUUCGAGAAGGAAAGAAAUGAGGCUGUAAGAGAAGCUGAAGAGUUGCGGAAAGAGAAAGAGGAAACAGUCUCGAGCGCGCUAGCGAGAGCGGCCUUCUCGGAGUUCACCUAUUCGGAGUUGGAGGAAGCGACGAAUAACUUCGACACGUCGUUGCUGAUCGGCGAAGGUGGAUACGGAAAAGUGUACAGGGGCUUCCUUCGCCACACGGUGGUGGCCAUAAAGAUGUUGAAUCCUCAAGGGAUCCAAGGAGAAGUCGAGUUUCAUCAAGAGGUGGAGAUUCUCAGCAGAGUGAGGCACCCAAACCUUGUAACCCUGAUAGGAGCAUGCCCGGAAGUCCGAGCUCUCGUUUACGAGUUUCUACCAAACAGAAGCUUAGAGUACCGACUUACGCUGAAAGAUCCAACACAGGCACUCACCUGGCAAGUCCGCAUGCGGAUCGCGGGCGAGAUCUGUUCAGCACUCAUCUUCCUCCACUCGACGAAGCCUCAAUGCAUAGUCCACGGAGACCUGAAGCCCGACAACAUCCUCCUCGAUGCAAACUACGUGAGCAAGCUCGGUGACUUCGGCAUUUGCUGCCUCCUCGACCAGUCGAGCUCCACCGUCACCGCCUUCCACCAAACUUACGCUCCGAAGGGCACUAUCCCCUACAUGGACCCCGAAUAUGUUUCCUCGGGGGAGCUCACGCCGCAGUACGACGUGUACUCCUUCGGAAUCGUGCUCCUUCAACUGAUCACCGGAAAGGGCCCGUUUAAAAUUCGGAACGAAGUGCAAGAUGCAUUGCAGAAGGGGUGCAUAAGGGAGCUACUGGAUGCUUCUGCCGGAGAGUGGCCCUUCGACGUGGAGGCCGAUGAGCUGGCCUACUUAGGUGUGAGAUGCUGCGAUCCGAAACGAAAGAAGCGGCCCGAACUCGCAGAGGUUUGGAGGAUGCUCGAGCCCGUGACGAAUGCCGCCUCGUCCGUCGGUUCAUCGUCGACAUCUUCUUCUGAAUUUUCGUCCAACAUCGACGCACAAAACUACGCGCCAUCCUACUUGAUCUGCCCAAUAACAAAGAAACUUAUGAAGGACCCGCACGUCGCAGCGGACGGAUUCACGUACGAAGCUGAGGCUAUGAAAGGGUGGCUCCGCAGCGGGCGCGACACUUCCCCCGUGACGAAACUCAGGCUGACGAAUUGCGAGCUCGUCCGAAACCACGCCGUGCAUUCGGCAAUUCAGGAAUGGUUACAGAAGCAGCAAUGAUGCAUGUCCACUAACUGAUGUAUACUUCAUCUGCAGUAUCUGUAUAUACCAUAUGAUCAGAUACAAAGAGAAUCAUUUUUGCCCCUUUUUUUUUACUUCUAUUUUUUUUUGAAUUCCAUGUGUAAAUUCCAUGUACAUAUAUUAGAUGGUUGAAUUCAUUGGUAGAAUUAAUUAAUUA